CUGAUCGCUGGUUUUUGAAAUUUUUUAUAGAAUAAGAAAUUUCGAAAAGUUACCAACUUGCUAUUCUUUGAAUUGUAAAAAAAAACUUCUGUUCAAGUUUUUUGCACAGAUUUGAUAGUCGUUUAAGUCCAUCCUCUUCCUUGGAUCGGUAGUAGUGGAAUUUUCGUAAUUUUCUGAUAUUCGCUUGAAAGUUGUUUCAGUUUGACUUCUGUAUCUGCAUCCACGUCAGAUAUUGCCUUUAUUCCCGGGUUUUCUUAAUUUAGAUAAAAUCAAAAUGAUAAUUACAUCUUUUCUCCGGAACAGCCGGCAACUUCAUCCAGCUUUUCGCUCGUUUUCCACUUGCCACAGCGUCUGUCAAAUCGCCUCCAACGAUGCCCAGCCAGGGAAAGCCCGCACCGAGGAAUUCUAUGCCAACAAACUAACUCAGGACCCCCACAACGGCGUCCUCGUCUUCAACCUCAACCGUCCUGAGGUGCGCAAUGCCAUCAGCAAGAACCUGCUCAAACAGUUCCGCGCAUGCCUGGAAUCGGCGCGCCAGGAUACGGCGGUGCGGGCCAUAAUCCUGCGCAGUACCACCCCGGGGGUCUUUUGUUCGGGUGCGGAUUUGAAGGAACGCAUGACGAUGCGCGAGGAAGAGGUGGCGCCGUUCGUGGCCAAUCUCCGGAAUCUCAUGGCGGAUCUAUAUAAUUUCCCGGUGCCGACCAUCGCCGCGUUGGAUGGUAUGGCGCUGGGUGGCGGGUUGGAAAUGGCGCUAGCGUGUGAUGUGCGCGUGGCCAGUAGCACGGCGAAAAUCGGUUUAGUGGAAACGAAACUGGGAAUUAUUCCUGGAGCGGGAGGAACGCAGUUGCUGACCCGGCUAGUUGGACCGUCUCGCGCCAAGGAUCUCAUAUUUACCGGGCAGGUACUGGACGGUGCCCAAGCCCAUGCCCAGGGCAUUGUUAAUCAUCUCGUGGAGCAGAACAGCGACGGUAGUGCCGCGUACAAGAAGGCAUUGGAAGUGGCCGAACCCUGGGUGUUGAAUGGGCCCAUUGCGCUGCGCAUGGCCAAAGUGGCCAUCAACCGAGGCGUCGAAGUGGAUCUUGAGGCCGGUCUGAAGAUUGAAGAAGGCUGCUAUGCUCAGAUUGUCAAGACUAAGGACCGCUUGGAGGGAUUGGCGGCGUUCAAGGAAAAAAGGAAACCGAAAUUUCGAGGAGAAUGAAAUUACACUCUUGGUCCGCAGUUUGAUUGUACUUUAAUCUUUUUGGCGGCUGGCUAACAGUUUGGAUAUCCGGCUUCGAUGUUUUAGAGGCGGAAGUAUCAGUCAACGCAGGAUUGAUACGUUCACAGUUAGAGACUAAUUAAGGCCUUGAUGGGGUUGAUUUUAAGUUUCAUAAAAAUUAUUAAUCACUAUGCAGAAGCAGAUUGCUGACAUACGUAUUGAAAAUUCAUGUACCGAAUAAACGGCUUAUGCAAAUUUUAAAGAAAUCAGCAAAUCGAAUAAAAUUGAA